UUUUCAUAUUUGCGGGUCGGGUGCAGGCCUCCGAUUUCCACUUUAUCACAUAUAGUCGGAAGGUUGCAUUUGGGGGUGCGGGUGAACAAACAGCUGAACCACACACAACCAGCGAGCAUACCCUUUUCAUUUAACCACACCCUUUGAGCUAUGACGCCGUUUCUCUUCUGUGUAAACGGAAGUGAACAAUGACCAUUUCCACGUUAGCGGGUUUUAUUGUUAUUUAGACGAUUAUUAACACCAUGGAACUCAAACUAUGAUACAUUUAACCGCACAGCAUCACAUACUUAGCCCAUGUAGUCUUUAAUUCGCGUUGGAUAGAGGAUUUGGUUGAUGUAUGUUAUCUAGCUAGGUAACGCUAGUUAGCUGCUAACUUUAGCUAACAAUGGCUAACUGUAUGGUUUUUCACACUCAAAUAGCAUCUAUCAUGGAGGUGCUAGCGAAUGCAGCCGUGGCAGAGAUUUGUAAACUCGUAGACGACGACUAUGCAGAGUUUCGUUUGGAAAUAACUCAAAGCCAAAAAGAAAACAGGGGAUUGCGGAGGAAACUACAGCUACUGGAACUGAAGGUGGCACGGGAGCGCAUACUACCCAGUCGUCCUAGCAGUGUCAAGAUCCUUGACCGAUACAGAAGCAUAGCAAGAGGUGAAGGACAUCUCACUGGAGGCCACAGGAGUGUUGUGAAGCCAACAGGACAAAAUAGAUGGAGAGAUGACCAACCAAUCACUGUUGAUGAGGGGAAUGGAACCUCAACCCAUCAUGUUAUUGUGAUAGAGUCUGCAGAUGCUGCAGGUCCUGGGGUCAAGCUGGAAAGGUCUGAAGGAGAGGAGGACCCACAACACAGCAGCGACAACCAGACUGGAGUGCCCGCUGUAGCCACGGAGGACCUCACCACCACCCCAGUGCAGCCCAGGAGCCGACGCAGCAUCAUGGAGGAGGAGGAGGGUCUGGGGAACCCUGAGGGGACCAUGUUCAUGGAGGACAACCAGACUACACCUCCUCCUGAACCCACAGAGGAACCAGCUGAGCAGCACAGGACCACACACAGUCUCCCUGAGUCAGUAGACAUGGAGGAUGGGAUGCCUGAUCUGCUGCUAGUCAAAGAGGAGGCAGUAGAAGACAGACCAGAGAGCAUUGACCUGCUGAGUGGACUAAAGAUGGGUGGGCAAGGUGGUUGGCUGGAGGCUAACAGAGGAGACCGGGUGGCCAUCUUGGAUUCCCAAACUCAGACGGGUGCAGCCAAGGGCCCAGGGGACAACAUCAUUGAGCAGGCCAGGACCAGAGGCAACAUAGUGGAGGAUAGUGGAUGGGACAGCGUCCUCAACUCUGGGCUGGUGAACAACAAUGUUAACCUCAACCAGAAACAGACAGUGGAACACAAAACAACAUAUGAACUUAGUCUCCAUGACAACAGACUAACUGAGACCAGGGCGAGGUGUAGAUUUGGUUCACGGGGACAGAGAGGUGUCCGUAUGCAGCUGGAGAGAACAGACACAGACUCGGCUAGUGAUGCGCCGUCCUGCUCCUAUAGUUGUGAUUCAGAGAGACUGAUGGCACCUCAGGUUACCCCCCUAACAGGUGCUGCCUUCAGCCUGCCUUCUACAGGAUCUAUCAACUGGAAUAUGGACCCUGCAACAACACAGACACUUCCUGGCCUUCAUCCUCCUCACACUCUCCUAAUGUUAAACCAGACCUCAGGCAAUAGUGCCUCAACACUAAAUGGCUGCACAAGCCCAUUGACAAAUGACAGUAGUAGUAUUAAUGCUGUCAGUCGAUCUGGUGGAAAAGAGAAGCGCUUCCCGUGUCCUUUCUGUGGGAAAGCCUUCAGUUUCCCUAAACAGGUGCAGAUCCACCAGAGGGUCCACACAGGGGUAAAACCCUUCAGCUGUACCCAGUGUCACAUGUGCUUCGCUCAAACUGGUGACCUGAAGAGGCACCAGAGGGUUCACACAGGGGAGAAACCCUACAGCUGCCCCCAGUGUGAGAAGAGGUUCUCGCGCAAGCACCAGCUGAAUAGGCACCUGAAGGUUCAUACGGGAGAGAGGCCAUUCGCCUGUACGCAAUGCAGGAAGAGGUUCUCAGAGAGGAGCAACCUCAGGAUACACCAGCAGAAAGACCAUUCCACUCUGACAUAAAGGAACCAUAUCACCCGAUACCUUCUGAGAUUUAGAUCAAACCCUGCAUUAAAGAGAAAGAAUAAUUGUCAUUGUUGUCAGCAGAAAAGAUCGACAUGCAUUUGGAAUGACAGAUUUCAGUGUUGAAUAUUGCAUCCAGACAUUGUGAUAUACACUGAGUGUACAAAACAUUAAGAACACCUUCCAAAUAUUUAUUUGCACCCCCCAUUUUGCCCUCAGAACAGCCUCAAUACGUAGGGGCAUGGACUCUACAAGGUGUCGAAAGCGUUCCACAGGGAUGCUGGCCCAUAUUGACUCCAAUGCUUCCCACAGUUGUCAAAUUGUCUAUGUUCUUUGGCUGGUGGACCAUUUUUGACACAUAUGGGAAACUGUUGAGCGUGAAAAACCCAGUAGCAUUGCAGUUCUUGAUAUAAACUGUUGCGGCCGAUACCCCGUUCAAAAGCACUUAAAUCUUUUGUCUUGCCCAUUCACCCUCUGAAUGGCCCACAUACACGAUCCAUGACUCAGCUGUCUCAAGGCUAAAAAUCCUCCUUUAACCAGUCUCCUCCCAUUCAUCUACGCUGAUUGAAGUGACAACAAUAAGAGAUCAUAUUUCUGUCAUGGAAAGAGCAGGUGUUCAUAAUAUUUUGUACAGUGUAUAAGUCAUUUAUACACUGAACAAAAAUAUAAAACGCAACAUGCAACAAUUUCAAAGAUUUUACUGAGUUACAGAAAUCAGUCAAUUGAAGUAAAUUAAUUAGGCCCUAAUCUAUGGAUUUCACAUGACUGGGCAGGGGUGCAGCGAUGGAGGGACCUUGGAGGGCAUAGGCCCAGCCAGUCAGAAUUAGUUUUUCCACACAAAAGGGCUUUAUUACAUACAGAAAUACUCCUCAGCACACCCUCAGACUAUCCCGCAGGUGAAGAAGCCAGAUGUCGAGGUCCUGGGCUAGCAUGGCUACACGUGGUCUGCGGUUGUGAGGCCGGUUGGACGUACUGCCAAAUCUUAUAAUAGAGAAAUGAACAUUCAAUUAUCUGGCAACAGCUCUGGUGGAUAUUUCUGCAGUCAGCAUGCCAAUUGCACGCUCCCUCAACUUGAGACAUCUGUGACAGUGUUGUGUGACAAAACGGCACAUUUUAGAGUGGCCUUUUAUUGGCCCCAGCACAAGGUGCACCUGUGUAAUGAUCAUGCUGUUUAAUCAGUUUCUUGAUUAUCUUGGCUAAGGAGAUAUGCUCACUAACAGGGACGUAAACAAAUGUAUGCACAGAAUGAGAGAAAUAAGCUUUUUGUGUGUAUGGAAAAUCUCUGGGAUAUUUUAUUUCAGCUCAUGAGAUAUGGGACCAACACUUUACAUGUUGCGUUUAUAUUUUUGUUCAGUGUAUAUAAACUCAGCAAAAAAAAAGUUUAUUUUUCAGGACCCUGUCUUCCAAAGAUAUUUAGAUUUUUACGAAUUAACUUCACAGAUCUUCAUUGUGAAGGGUUUAAACACUGUUUCCCAUGCUUGUUCAAUGAACCAUUAACAAUGAAUGAACAUGCAACUGUUGAACGGUCGUUAAGACACUAACAGCUUAGACGGUAGGCAAUUAAGGUCACAGUUAUGAAAACUUAGGACACUAAAGAGGCCUUUCUACUGACACUGAAAAACAAAAGAAAGAUGCCCAGGGUCCCUGCUCAUCUGCAUGAAUGUGCCUUAGGCAUGCUGCAAGGAGGCAUGAGGACUGCAGAUGUGGCCAGGGCAAUAAAUUGCAUUGUCGUACUGCGAGACGCCUAAGACAGCGCUACAGGGAGACAGGACGGACAGCUGAUCGUCCUCGCAAUGGCAGACUACGUGUCACAACACCUGCACAGGAUCGGAACAUCACACCUGCGGGACAGUUACAGGAUGGCAACAACUGCCCGAGUUACACCAGGAAUGCACAAUCCCUCCACCAGUGCUCAGACUGUCCGCAAUAGGCUGAGAUGCUCGACAGCGCUUGUAGGCCUGUUGUAAGGCAGGUCCUCACCAGACAUCACUGGCAACAACGUCGCCUAUGGGCACAACCCCACCGUCGCUGGACCAGACAGGACUGGCAAAAAGUGCUCUUCACUGACGAGUCGCGGUUUUGUCUCACCAGAGGUGAUGGUCGGAUUCGCGUUUAUCGUCGAAGGAAUGAGCGUUACAUCGAGGCCUGUACUCUGGAGCGGGAUCGAGGUGGAGGGUCCGUCAUGGUCUGGGGCGGUGUGUCACAGCAUCAUCGGACUGAGCUUGUUGUCAUUGCAGGCAAUCUCAACGCUGUGCGUGACAAGGAAGACAUCCUCCUCCCUCAUGUGGUACCCUUCCUGCAGGCUCAUCCUGACAUGACCCUCCAGCAUGACAAUGCCACCAGCCAUACUGCUCGUUCUGUGCGUGAUUUCCUGCAAGACAGGAAUGUCAGUGUUCUGCUAUGGCCAGCGAAGAGCCCGGAUCUCAAUCCCAUUGAGCACGUCAGAUCUUUUGGAUCGGAGGGUGGGGGCUAGGGCCAUUCCUCACAGAAAUGUCCGGGAACUUGCAAGUGCCUUGGUUGGAAGAGUGGGGUAACAUCUCACAGCAAGAACUGGCAAAUAUGGUGCAGUCCAUGAGGAGGAGAUGCACUGCAGUACUUAAUGCAGCUGGUGGCCACACCAGAUACUGACUUUUGAUUUUGACCCCUUUUGUUCAGGAACACACUAUUCCAUUUCUGUUAGUCACAUGUCUGUGGAACUUGUUCAGUUUGUCUCAGUUGUUGAAUCUUAUGUUCAUACAAAUAUUUACACGUUAAAUUUGCUGAAAAUAAACACAGUUGACAGUGA